UUGCCGAUAGGGGUGAUCAUCAGUCUGUUGUCCGGUAGCACGUUUUUUCUUGCAGAAUUGCGGAUGUGAGUUGCAUACAUUGAUGCGGAAAAGAGACGUCCGAUUUUGAAAUGCAUGUUUAGAUAAUGUUCAACACUCGGCGCUAUGAAUCCCGAAGAGCAAACGGUGACUUGGCUGAUAUCGCUGGGAGUACUCAGUUCUCCUAAAAAGAACAUAGCGGACCCAGAGGACUUUCUUAAAACAUCGCUUAAGGAUGGAGUCGUUGUGUGCAAACUUAUCGAGCGAGUUGUACCUGGCUUCACUGCCAAGUACUGUCAAGAUCCGAGGACCGAAGCAGACUGCAUAUCCAAUAUUCGGGAGUUUCUAAGAGGAUGUACUUCAUUGAAAGUUGAGGGCUUUGAGGCCGAGUGCUUGUACACAGGGGAGCAAUUUGGCAAGGUUCUGACCACCCUGCUGGCCGUCAACUUUGCCACACAAGACUGUGCCACGGAGAGAUCAUGUCCACCGCAGGGCUCCAUUGCUUCUAGUCCCUCACAUAACCUCUCCUCUGUCAAGUCCAAAGGAUCGCUACGCAGACAAUCCAAAACAGCGGAGAUGGGGGAGAACGGCGGGGGCGGCCAGGCCAUGGUGAAGGCCCGCUUCAACUUCAAGCAGAACAACGAGGACGAGCUCUCCUUCAACAAGGGCGACCUCAUCCACGUGUCGCGGCAGGAGGACGGCGGCUGGUGGGAGGGCUCGCUGAGCGGCCGGACGGGCUGGUUCCCUAGCAACUACGUCCGCGAGGUCAAACCCUGCGAGAAGCCAGGGUCUCCUAAAGGAACUCCGCUUACCAAAAACUACUACAGUGUGGUGGUCCAGGACAUCUUGGAGCAUGAGCGGGAGUUUGUGAAGGAACUGCAGACCGUGCUGGGCUGCUAUCUGCGGCCGCUGCAAGCCAGUGACAAGCUGAGCAGCGCAGACAGUGCCAGUCUGUGUGGGAACCUGGAGGAGAUCCUGACUUUCCAGCAGGGCCUGUGUGUGGCCCUCGAGGAAUGCACCAAAGUCCAAGAGAGCCAGCAGCGCGUGGCCGGCUGCUAUCUCAACCUGCUGCCUCAGAUCAGACACCUGUACCUGGCCUACUGCUCCAGCCACCCCUCGGCGGUGUGCGUCCUCACCGACCACAGUGAAGAGCUGGAUAAGUUCAUGGAGAGCCAGGGGGCCAGUGGACCAGGCAUCCUGACCCUCACCACCAGCCUUAGUCGGCCCUUCAUGAGGCUGGACAAGUACCCCACGCUGCUGCAGGAGCUGGAGAGACACGUGGAGGACGCCCACCCAGACUAUGGCGACAUUGUGAAGGCGAUGGCAGCUUUUAAAAACCUAGUGACGCAGUGCCAGGACCUGAGGAAGCGUAAGAACCUGGAGCUCCAGAUCCUGUCGGAGCCGGUGAGAGGCUGGGAGGGAGACAGCAUGAAGAGCCUGGGCAGCGUGGCCUACAUGUCCACCGUCCACACGCAGAGUGGCACCAGCGAGGAGAAAGAGGAGUGCUACCUGAUGCUGUUCCCUAAUAUGCUGGUCAUGCUAUCGGCUAGCCCCAGGAUGAGUGGCUUCAUUUACCAGAGCAGACUACCUCUGACGGGCGCUACAGUGACCAGACAGCCAGAGGACCCAGAGACCGCCCACUAUGCCUUCGAUAUCACAGGGAGUGUGAUGGAGCGUCUGACGGUGUCCUGCAGUACACUGCAGGAUUACCAAGAGUGGCUGGAGCACCUGCAGCCCUACAUCAAAGGAGGCAGUCCUGUGGGCACCAUCCAGAAGACGGCAGAGGGUAAGCCUCUGAGCAUGGUCGGCACGCCCUCCCACCUGUCCCACCUGGGCAGCUUCAGCGUGGGCAGCCGAAGCCCCCUGGAGCCCCCCAAGCUGAGCAAGCCCUGGUCCCUGAGCUGCCUGCGCCCCGCGCCCCCUCUCAAACCCUCUGCCGCUCUGGGCUACAAGGAGGUAGGGAAGCCCGUCCACGUCCAGAGGAUGUCUUAUAUCAUGAAGGACUCCAGCAAGAGCCCGCGUCCCAUAAAGAAGUUCCUGCCCGGGAACCGCAAGAAGGACAGGAAGCCCUCUGAGGAUGACUCCCUCAUCCGGAAAAGCACGGCGGCGUUGGAGGAAGACGCCCAGAUCCUGAAGGUGAUCGAGGCGUACUGCACCGGGGCCGGCCUGCACCAGAGCGCCUCAGUGAGGAAAGAGUGUGGGCCUCAGGUUCUGCUGCCAGAGGAGGAAAAGAUCAUUGUGGAGGAAAUGAAGAGCAACGGCCAGACCGUCAUCGAGGAAAAAAGCCUGGUUGAUGCCGUGUAUGCAUUAAAGGACGAGGUUCAUGAAUUGAAAAAGGAGCACAACCGGAUGCGGCAGUUCCUGGAGGAUGAGCAGAAGUCCCGUAAGGACCUGGAGCGAGUGGUGCGCAAGCUGUCCAAGCAGAAGAACGACAUGGCGUGGGACGACGCCAACCACUGAGCACAGUCUGCUCCCUCCCUCCCCCCCCCCCCCCCCCCCACCCGCCUCACCAUGCUGGGCGGGGCUAGGGGUCAGGCGGGGGGGGGGUCCAGCGUCCAAUCGAUGGUACAUAUAUACGUAAGCAUGCUUUUAACGGGGCGGGCACGUCUGUCUGGCUCUGUCCGGCCGUCCGUUUUUCCUUAGUUACUCCUCGCACAGUUUUUCCGCAUUUUGAAAGCGGAGACCCCCUCCUCCCCGUGGACACGGCCGGGACCACUGCCCGCUUCUGAUGCUGGAUCCCCCCCCCCCCCCCCACCUCUCACCCGGAGCGAUCGCCAGCGGGAGGCCGGCCUUUUUUUUGGGGAGAUUUAGAUCCAACAGAGUUACACCAAACAACAUUAACACCCCGGUGACGCUCACACUCACACUCACUCUCACACACACACCGGCAUCCGCUGUGGGGGGAGGGUGUCUGCACAUGCCACAAACGAAAGCGGGGGGGGGGGGGGGGGGGGGGUCGUGAACCAAUGCUCUUUUCAGGACCGUCGCCACCAGCAGCUACACGCUUCAAAUCGGCAGUGAAAGCGAAAUCUAGGAGAAACCUCGGUGGAGGCCUGGCUGAGCACUCGCCGUGCUGCUCUUUCCUUCAUGAACGGAUGGAGGUUGACGGCUAGUUCCUCCCCCCCCCCCCCCCUACCAUCUCUGUUCUAGCCACAUCCGUCAUGUUAUUAUUACAAGCUUGACUUAAUAAGACUUAAUAAUCCCAUCACUUAGUUUGGUACAAGCUUUGACCUCUUGACUAUCAAACGGAGGCCCGAUGUUUUGGAUCUCUGACCUUUGCUGUAGUUUCUUAAUGCAUCCGUGACUGUGUCUGUAUAUCGCAUGAUGUACAGUGUUUCUACAGUACGACAGUACUGCAUUAGAACUUUGAUAAUCAAAAUAUUGAAAUGACUACGACUAUCAGGGAUGCAGGCUCAUAACAAAAUAGUAUAUAUCCGGAAGUGUCUGUUAUAUACAGUAUAAAAUACCAAUAAUGAUAAUAAUAAGGAUGUCAACUACUUUUCAGACUAAAAAUGUAUAAAAGUAGCAUUUAAAUAUUAACUAAUGGGUUGUUUUUUUAAAUAUGUAUUUAUUGUAUAUUCUAAACAUCUAAUUAUGUUAAGUAAAAAAAAAAAUGCAGUUUGCUACCUUUGCACCUGUCUGGAGUUCUACCGAACCUGUUUUUAUAGGCAGAAAAAAUUGAAUUUUGGUCAAUAGGAAAUUAUCUACCACAAGAGUUUGAGUUACAAUAUUGGCAUCUCCUUCUUUUCUUUCUUACCGAUGUAGGGUUUAUUUUCAGAGUUAUAUGUAUAUAUAAAUCUGCAAACAAAUUGCAAACAAACCGAGGGAGGAUUUGGAGAUGUGUGAGAGUGUGGGGGCUUCGUGCGCGUAAUACCGCAGAGAACAGUUUUAAGUGCCUUGUGAAGCCGUCGGUAUACUGAAAAGUUGAAGCAAAAAAAACAACCGUCAAAGUGUGGUUUAUGUUCUAGAUGCGCUGGUGGUUCUGAGAAUGAUUUCAAGUGGAAAUACUUCGGUUUGCACUCAGGCUUACUGUGUACUUUGCUUUUGACAAGUAGAAUUCCAGCUAUGGUUGAUGUUUGCCCUGUGACACCGUUGAUCUACAACUGCCCUCCAAGGUUUUUUAUUAUUUUGUGGGCAGGGGGGCGGGGUUUGGUACACCGUCAACUAGAGUAAGGCGUUUUUAUUGGCCGACUGCUGUUUUCUCUAUAGCCAUGUUGACCAGAUGUAAAUAAACAAAAGUGGGAAUUGACAGUUGAAGCAUUUGUAUCCCAGCCUCCCGAGGCUAGACUGAAUUGUUGGUCCAACCAGUUUAUGAUUACACCCGUUCCCCAACGAUUUGGUCGUUGAAAGUCAUUAGAAGAUGCUUAAACAGAAUGAACAGAACCCUUUUGUUCUGACACGUUCUGACGUGUUCCAGACACGGUCCACAUUGUUUCGCCUGUAAAGCGGUCUGUAAGUGUCGUAAUGCAUAAAGCUCCUUAUACCAUCUCAACUUUUUUCACUGACCUAUGCGUUCUCCUUUGCUGCUGUGUUUAAGGUCAAAGUAACCUCAGUGAGCACUUAGUUGUGGAACAGAGGAGUUUGUGGGGGGGGGGUCAAGUACGUCCACAUUGUUUAUCAAGAACCCCCACGUGUCCAGUAGAGCUUUGGGCUAUUUUGAAAAGAAAAUUGUUCUAUGCAAAUCCUAUUGUUACAAGUAUUGUAAUGCUUUUUUUUUGUAGACUCUCUACCCUACAUCAUGUGUCAUUAUGGCCAUUCUUUUAAUAAAACAAAUUACAAAGAAA